AUGGCGGACAGGGCCUCUCUUUCCCAUCGCGAUUACACGGUUGGAUGGAUAUGCGCUUUACCCCUAGAGAUGGCAGCCGCAAAGCUGAUGUUAGAUUCAAUACACCCGAGUUUACCUCGCCCGCCGACAGAUCACAAUACCUAUAUUCUGGGAAAUAUCGGGGAUCAUAACAUCGUUAUUGCUUGUUUGCCAAGUGGCGCAUAUGGCAAUAUAUCAGCUGCAACAGUAGCGAUACAGUUGCUCUCGAGUUUCCACUCUAUCCGGUUCGGUCUGAUGGUCGGUAUCGGUGGAGGUAUACCAACUAGUGGCGCGGAUAUUCGACUAGGCGAUAUUGUGGUGAGCCAGCCAACGGAGACUUUCGGGGGCGUGAUUCAAUACGAUCUUGGAAAAGCGUUAAGCGGCGGUCGGUUUCAGCGAACAGGGAUGCUUAACCGGCCACCCAAGGUCUUACUGACUGCCCUCGCUGCACUCCAAGCCCACCACCUUACAGAAGAUAGUCGAGUUCUUGAAUUCAUUUCUGAUAUCCAAGCAACAAUGAAACCACGGGCAGCUGCAAACUUUGCGCGACCAACGAAAGAGGACUGUUUAUACCAAACAGAAUAUGACCAUGGAACAUCGAGUACAUGUAUUGAUUGUGAUCAAUCUAAACUAACUCUACGGCCAUCGAGAGACUAUGAAGAACCAGCGAUCCACUAUGGGCUGAUUGCAUCUGCAAAUCAGGUAGUGAAAGAUGGCAGACGGCGAGAUCAGCUGGCUCGGGACCUAGGGAUGUACUGUGUGGAAAUGGAAGCGGCGGGGCUUAUGAAUGACUUUCCAUGUCUAGUGAUUCGGGGUAUUUGCGACUAUGCGGACUCACACAAAAAUAAAGAAUGGCAAGGAUAUGCGGCAGUGGUGGCAGCGGCCUAUACAAAAGAGCUUGUCUUGGUGGUUCCAAUCGAUCAGAUUGAAAGUACUCCAACAGCUCAAGAAGCUUUGGCAGAAUCUGGUCACCGCUUUACUAUCCCUCUAGACCUUACCGCAGUGCCUGUGAUUGAAAAGUUUAUAGGACGGCAAGACGAGCUAGCCAACCUAUGGCAGCACCUACAACCGACAGAUUUAUCGUCACGGAAAGUUGCAAUUCUUCACGGGCUUGGUGGAAUAGGAAAGACACAGCUAGCGAUUCGCUUCGCGCGAGAUCAUAAAGAUAGUUUUACGGCUAUCUUUUGGCUGAGUGGCAAAAAUCGAGAUACACUCGUACAAUCGCUAAGCUUCGCUUUAAACCGAGUACCAGGACAGCCUAGGGAUGACGAGGCGACAAAUGACAGCGAAGUCGAAAAACGAGCUAGGCAUAUGAUACAGUGGCUAGCAUUAAAGGGCAACUCGCGCUGGCUAAUCAUCUUUGACAACGUCGAUCAAUACUCUCCCUUAAGCAGUGCUAUUGGAGAUGGAUAUGAUAUUGAGAAAUUCUUUCCUACAGCAGAUCAUGGCUCUAUUCUCAUCACAUCUCGACUUCCGGGGCUAAGUGAGCUAGGGAAGCCGUUUCCGGUGCACAGACUUGACUCUCAUAACACAAUUCAACUACUUUUACAAAGUAGCGGUCUAUCAGCCAAAAACGCUAUAAGGGAACUUGAGAAUGACCCAGAUAUAAUAACACUUGCCAAUCGUCUGGAUGGACUACCUUUAGCAAUUAUCAUAGCUGGGGCUUUUAUGCGUGAAACUGGAACCAGCAUCACUCAGUACUUAGAGUACUACCGAAAAUCUUGGUCCGAACUACAGUCGCAAUCAAGCCCUGGUCGGCAGUACCAACAAGGCAAUAUACUACAAACGUGGAUGGUCUCAUAUCUUGAGAUCCAGAAGCGGGACCCAGAUGCAGCAGACCUUCUACUGCUACUUGCUUGUUUUGAUAAUCGAGAUAUCUGGUACGAGUUACUGGAGAGUGGCUAUGAUAGCCUAAAUGUCCCAGUUUGGUUCGAAAGGACUAUAUCAAGCGGACUCGCGUUCAAAAUUAGCGUGAAGCCUCUCCUUAGAUUCUCUCUUCUUGAAAGUAAGCAACAAGAAGGAAGCUAUGCAAUGCAUCCAGUGGUACAAGAGUGGUGCCUUCAUAUUGGCAGGACAAAUAAAAAUAUGGAUUUGAUGCAGCUUAAUGAACUGGCGCUGAUAUCUGUUGGAUACGCUGUGCCUACUACAAGUGAUAGGGGCUAUUCGGAGCUUCAGCGGCGGCUUAUUCCACACGCUAAUUACUUACGUUAUCUUGGUUGUUCAGGCGAUAAUAGUGUGUUGUGGGGAGCAUAUCAUGGUUUGGGGAUUUUGUAUUCUGAUCAGGGCAAGCUGAAUGAGGCAGAUGAAAUGUACCAGCGAGCACUGGCAGGCUACGAGAAGGCCCUAGGUCCAGACCAUACAUCUACUCUCGAUACAGUCAACAAUCUCGGUCUUCUCUACUCUGAUCAGGGCAAGCUGAAUGAGGCCGAGGAGAUGUACCAGCGAGCACUGACAGGCUGCGAGAAGGCCCUAGGUCCAGACCAUACAUCUACUCUCAAUACAGUCAACAAUCUCGGUAUUCUCUACUCUGAUCAGGGCAAGCUGAAUGAGGCCGAGGAGAUGUACCAGCGAGCACUGGCAGGCAAGGAGAAGGCCCUAGGUCCAGACCAUACAUCUACUCUCGAUACAGUCCACAAUCUCGGCAAUCUCUAUAGGAAGCAGGGCAAGCUAAAUGAGGCCGAGGAGAUGUACCAGCGAGCACUGACAGGCUGCGAGAAGGCCCUAGGUCCAGACCAUACAUCUACUCUCGAUACAGUCAACAAUCUCGGUCUUCUCUACUCUGAUCAGGGCAAGCUGAAUGAGGCCGAGGAGAUGUACCAGCGAGCACUGGCAGGCUACGAGAAGGCCCUGGGUUCAGAUCACGAUAAGACCCAGCGACUCGUAAAGAGGAAUCAAUUAUUCCAUCAUGGCCGUGGGUUCCGUACACAAUUUCUCUACGUUUGGGGUAAAAAGCGACUUCGCUCGGCAGCAUGCGGAAAGUGA